ACUCCCUAACCAUAGCUCAAAACGAACCAUGGAUCACUUCUACCUCUCCCUCCUCCUCCUCUUCGUCUCUUUCGUCACCCUCUCCCUCUUCUUCAUCACCUACCGGCACAUCGCCCACUUUGCCGGUGCCAACCUCCCGCCGGGCAAGGCCGGGCUCCCUUUCAUCGGGGAGACCCUGGAGUUCCUGUCCUCCGGGUGGAAGGGCCACCCCGAGAAGUUCAUCUUCGACCGCAUCGCCCGCUACUCCUCCGAGAUCUUCAAGACCUCCCUACUCGCCGAGCCAACCGCCGUCCUCUGCGGCGCCGCCGGCAACAAGUUCCUCUUCUCCAACGAGAACAAGCUCGUCACCGCAUGGUGGCCCGACUCCAUCAACAAGGUCUUUCCUUCCUCCACCCAGACCUCCUCCAAGGAGGAGGCGAAGAAGAUGAGGAAGAUGCUCCCCAACUUCAUGAAGCCCGAGGCACUCCAAAGGUACAUCGGAAUAAUGGACCAUAUCGCCCAGCGGCACUUCGCCAUGGGGUGGGAGGGCAAGGUUGAGAUCGUCGUGUUCCCUCUCGCCAAGAGGUACACCUUCUGGCUGGCCUGCCGCUUGUUCAUGAGCGUCGAGGACCCGGACCACGUUGCCAAGUUCGCCGACCCGUUCAACGUCCUGGCCUCCGGGAUGUUCUCGGUGCCGAUCGACCUGCCAGGGACACCGCUGAACCGCGCGAAGCACGCUUCCAACUUCAUCAGGAAGGAACUGAGGGCGAUUAUCAAGCAGAGGAAGAUCGAUCUGGCCGAGGGGAAGGCCUCGGCGACGCAGGACAUACUGUCACACAUGCUCUUGGCGACGGACGAAGACGGUAAGCACAUGAAGGAGCUCGACAUCGCCGACAAGAUCCUAGGGUUGUUGGUCGGCGGGCACGACACGGCGAGCGCUGCUUGCACUUUCAUCGUCAAGUAUCUCGCUGAGCUUCCUGAAGUCUACGAUGGAGUUUACAACGAGCAAAUGGAGAUCGCAAAAUCGAAAGCUCCAGGCGAGCUGUUGAACUGGGACGACCUUCAGAAGAUGCGGUAUUCGUGGAAUGUGGCUUGUGAAGUCAUGAGGCUCGCCCCUCCUCUCCAAGGCGCAUUCAGGGAAGCCAUCAACGACUUCGUCUUCAAUGGCUUCUCCAUUCCAAAGGGGUGGAAGUUAUACUGGAGCGCACACUCAACACAUAGGAAUGCAGCGUACUUCCCAGAGCCAGAGAAGUUCGACCCAUCAAGAUUCGAUGGGAAGGGGCCCGCUCCGUACACGUACGUACCAUUCGGGGGAGGUCCUAGAAUGUGCCCAGGGAAAGAGUACGCUCGCCUGGAAAUACUCGUGUUCAUGCACAACCUGGUCAAGAGGUUCAAGUGGGAGAAGCUGCUCGCCGACGAGAAGAUUGUCGUCGACCCGAUGCCUAUGCCCGCGAAGGGGCUCCCCGUCCGGCUUCACCCUCACAAAGCUUAAGGAGAAAACAAAAAUGGGGCCACCUUAGUAUAUGUCGAUCCCUUUAUUAUCUACUAAUUGUGCUAGUAAUGUCUUGUGCUUUGUGUGCAAUGCGAUGCAAAUUAACUG